AUGACUAACGAAGUACUUGUUCACAUCUCCACACCUACUACAACGCAGAAUGACGCACUUUAUCGAUCUAUCUAUGAAGCGUAUCUCGUAUUCGAGCCUCAGAAACGCUCUACGGCCAAAUCACAACAAGAACAACAUGAACAAAAGCAUCCUACCGCUUCCCGGCUGAACCCCACCGCGGCGCCAAAUUUUGCUGCAAACCCUUCAAUGUUCUCGACUAGUAAGGACUCUUAUGGGAGCUUUCCGUCCUAUCUUUCUGAUGGCCUGGCAAACGAAUACGGUCCAACCAGCACCCCGCCGCACUACGGCUCGUUGGAAGACUGCUCGGUCCCUAUAUCAAGCCGACUAAACCGAUUAGAACACAUCCACUUGAAUUGGAAGGACAGGACCACUCCAAAACUAAGUGCUGUCGAUAAAGCACGGCGAUCGAGACAGGCUUCGUGUGAUGCGGAAGAGGCUAACACUACUUUCAUUGAGGAUACGCAGUUAGCUGUCCAGACACUCCAAAGUCAAUUACAAGACACUUACUCAAUAACCUCAGAAGACACCUCCGAAGACGAUGUUGUACCUGAACACAAGAGUCAUGAAGACCGGCAACUAGCUGUUAAGAAUAGUCAAGAUACUGGUGGAACCAGAGUCGAGGUAUUGGCAUCAGCUCAUUCAAUGAUACCCGGGGACGUCAACACGAAGCCCCAAGAGGACCCACGAUUGAACAGUACGUUGGAGUUGUAUAUGCCUGUCAGUCAAGUACGAUCAGAUAACCAGCCCAAUUUGGACGGUCACGCAACUUCUGUGGAUUCUCUGGAUUUGACCAAACUUCCAGUCGAUGCAUUCUCGCCAGCGUCAAAGGUCUCAGUCGCGCAACCGGGUACUUUACCCUCACAAAUCACAGAUCACCUGGCAAAGAUAGUCUUGCAACACCCAACGCGCUUCAAGCCUUCUAAGAAGCUUCGUACCCCGAAGCCUGACGAUCGUGGUUAUUGGUCCGUCAAUUGUUCGGUUUGGAGAGGCAAGCUGCAGCAUGAGUUCUGGUCUUCUCUGUGCGAGCACGUCUUGAGUGGAAGACUAGGUUGGGGCUCGACGGUACACCGAGAAUCUUCUACUCGGGUGCUCGGUCAGAUCAAGUUGUAUUGCUGGGGAGAAGUAGUGGAGCACAUGUGGUUGGUACUGUGGAUUUGUUCCAGGGGUAGAGUCUCUGGAUCACGAUCGAAGUGGUACGAUGCUGACGGUAUUGCGGUUUUCGAGGUUCCCUAG